AUGGGGGUGGGGAAGGGGAUUCCUCUGCCAUUACCAUCUGAGUCAUCCAGUGAAUCCUCGAGGGGGGAACCUGAUUCCUUCGGGAUACAGGUUCUCUUAGAAUCUUUUUUUGAAAAAGAAGGAGAAUCCUCUAUGAAUCAGUCCUCCGCAGGUCAAGCUGUUGUUUUGAUUCUGGAAGAAGGAGCAAGAUCUCUGCAUGUGGUCCCCUAUUUGUAUCAUCCGAAUGAAGUGAUAAGAGGUGAUUCCGUUCAGUCUAUCAAGCGACGCCUCUUAUAUGUAAAGGAAUUUCCUUCCUAUUUUGAGCUGACACAGGAGCGAAUAGAGGAAGAAGACAUAUUCGAGGUCAAGGUCGAUAUUGUUAGGAGAAUGGCGGUCCUUGAUCCAGAAGGACAUUGGCUGGAAUGGGGAGCCUGGGCCCUUGAGAAUCUGCGUACCUCCAUAGGGGAGCCUUCCUUGGAGAGACUUCAUACCCUUCUUUUGGAUCUCGAAUCGAGGGUAGUCAAUUCCGAUUCCUUUAAGGAAUUAAAAGAGAAGGUUUUCCUUCGGCAGGUAGAUGACGACGAACAUUCUGCUGUAUAG